CACCAGUUCAGUGAUUUUUUUUUUUUUUUUGAUAUCAAUUUGAUGAUGAUGAUGGAAAAAAAAAUAACCGAAAGCAUUACCCCGACAAUGACAAAUUGAUCUGUUUUUUUUUUGUUAUUAUUUUCGACCAUCCAUCCAUGUGUGUGAUUCAUCCGUGUGUUCAGUAUAUAUGGGCGAAAAUGUUGGCCACAAACAACAAACGAAUAAGGAAAAAAAAAUGGUUCGACAAGUUUUUUUUUGUGUGUGGCCAACAUUUUUUUUUUCGUUUGUUUGUUGUUCGUAUUUUCCAGAAAAUGCUGAACCUUGAACUUGUUCUUGUGACCAGUAAUGAUCAUCACCAGGUAGUAGUGGUGGCCAAAUAAAAACAAGUAUUUCUUAUGCGUUUGCAUCUGGUAUUUGGUAUUGACUUGUUUUGUUUUGUUUUGUUUUUUUUGUUGUAAAGAAAAUCUUUAAAAACCGGCAACUCUUUAUAUAAAAACGGAAAACUUGAACAACAAGGUAACGGUAAAUGAAUUUCAAUAGAAUCCAGUCGAAUUGAAAAAAAUGAUCAUGAUGAUGAUGAUGAUGAUGAUGAUUGAGGUUGAUACCAUAGAUUGGCUGCGAACAACCAAACAAAAAAAAACCGGUAUUCACAAUGAAUUUGUUGAAAAAAAAGAGCAAACGAAUGUUUUGUAUAAGAAGAAUUAUCUGGAUGGAUGACCUACCUUGAUAUCCUCAAUAAUAAAAAUUUUUUCAUUACCUUCCUUGACGUCUUGUUCAAAGACAUACACACACACACACAAACAGUAGUGUCGAUGUAACGGUUUGUUCGAUUGGAUAUAUAACAACGUGUUGAAGUAGAAGGAAAAAAAAUUUUCAAUUCUUGUCGAUUCUGUUAAAAAAUCGCAAAGAAACCGAAAAAAAUGCAUUCAUUCAAUCUGUUUAUUUUUCUCAUUAAUUUUACAUCAAUUCUUUGGCUUACCAAUGGCCAAUACGUUCAACAACAACUAAAUAAUUCAAAUGGACAUUCAUCAUCAUCAUCAUCAUCAUCAUCAAUUCAACAACAUCAGCAGCAGCGGCAGCAGCCACAAAUAAAUUUUUCAUUCACAAAUUCAACAUCAAAUGCUGAUAAUUUUCUCGAUGAUCGUAACAUACGGCUAAGUCAAGAUAAACGUGAAAUAUUACAAUAUUUGAAUACAAAAAAUGUAGUGAAAACAAUGUUAAAAUUAUUAUUCGGUACAAAUGAAGAAUCAAUGGUCACUUCACGUCAAGUGUUGAAUGUUUUUGUCAAGAUGUUAGAAGUAUUAAAAUCAUCAUUUGGACAACGUGCACGUUCAACAUCAACAACAUCACGAUUAAGAGAUACAAUGGAUAAUGCAGCACAAGCUGGUAUAUCAAUGAUACAAGGUUAUGUUAAAUCGGUAUUGGCCACCGAUAAACAAUGUAUAAAACGUUCCAUUUGUGAAGGUGCAUCGAAUGCAGCACGUGAAAGUCGUGAAUUGGGUAAUCUAAUUGCACAGGUUGGAGGAUAUGCAACCAGUUAUAUGUUGGAAAAUCAACGUUCACUACCAUUUGGUGCUAGUUUUGAAGCCAUACGUAUUGGACGUAAUGGUGCCGAUUGUCGUAAAGCAUAUAAAUGUCAUGAAGAACUUUGAAACCAACAACAACAACAACAACAACAACGACAACGACAAUAAAUCAUCAAAAUUUGACUAAUUAUCAUACAUGCCACAUUCAACAACAGCCCAAAUUAUCAUAUAUCAUCAUAUAAUUUAUAUUUAUAUAUAUAUAUUCCACACAUUUACAUGAAUUGAAUUCCAAUUGUCACAUAUAUGUAAUUGGUGUGAUACGUGUUAAUUAUCGCACAUAUAUACCCACCUACCUACACCCACACACACGCGCUCAUUAAUUCAUUCAUUUCAAUGAUGAUGAAAUUGGAUAACCAACC